AUGUCGAGCGCGAAACUAAUCGAAACCCACAAAAACGGAGCCGAAAUCCACGAAGGCGACGCGUGCAAGGCCAAGACGCUCGAGUUCAUAGACGAGAUCAUGAUGCCGAGGGAACUCAUGCCAUUGGACGAGAUCGUGGAAAUCGGCAUCAAUAGAAACACGGGUUUCGUUUGGCUGAGGCUGAAGAAGAAGAUCGAAAAGAAGUUUAAGAAAAUUGGGUCCACCGUGAUUUAUAGUGUUGAGAUCACGGCCUUUUUCGAGAAGGGACACAUGUCGAAGGUUAACGGGGUCAAGGCCAAGGAGCUACUAUUGCCGGUCGUGAUCAACGACAUCAUUGUGGGCCAGCCCGAGCCCGACUGGAUCAAGUUCACCACGCCCGUUGGGCUCACGAGGUCGCACCCCAUAUCGGCGUUCGAGCCCGAGAAUUGA